AUGGAUUUAUUUAAUCCUUUUUUUGUAAAAAAUAGCACAUUUAUCCAACCUGCCUAUUUUAUUAUAAGUGGAUUUAUUGGCUUACCUAAUAUGAAGUAUUACUACGUCUUUCUCUUUUUUGUAUUUAUAGUUUCAGUGCUUGGAAACGUGGCUGUAAUGGCUGUAAUCUGUCUGGAUCAUAAUCUCAGAACUCCAAAGUAUGUUGCCGUUUUUAACCUUGCAUUUGUGGACCUCUUAGGUAGCUGUGCUCUGGUACCAAAGGUCCUUGAUAUCUUUUUGUUUAAUCAUUAUUAUGUCCCCUACAACGACUGCUUGACGUUCCUUUUCUUCUGCUACACUUGCCUUUCGAUGCAGGCUCUUAAUCUGGUUGCUCUCUGCUACGAUCGCCUGAUGGCCAUCAUGUUUCCUCUGCACUAUCAUGUAAAGGUUACUCAUAAGAUUAUGUUUUCCAUGAUUACCUUUUUUUGGCUGUUUGUAAUAACUUGUGUUUUACUUGCAAUUGGCCUUCUUACAAGGCUUUCCUUCUGCAAGUCUGUGGUCAUUAACAGCUAUUUCUGCGACCAUGGCCAAAUCUACAAGCUGGCAUGCAACGACAAUUUUCCUAAUUUUGUGAUCUCACACCUCCUUCCAUGUCUGUUUCUUUGGCUUCCUCUUGUUAUAAUAUGUUCCAGUUACAUAUGUAUUGGAUACACUUUAGCUCAGGUUGUUGCAGCUCAGGAAAGGGCGAAGGCUCUCAGAACCUGCACAGCUCAUCUCUCGUUGGUAGUGAUCUAUUUCUGUCCAAUAUUGAUCACGUUUACGAUGGGUUCUGGCAUCCAUCCAAACGCCAGGAUCAUUAACCUGUCUUUGACCUCUGUUAUUCCUCCACUGUUGAACCCAGUCAUUUAUGUUCUGCACACACAAGAAAUAAGAUCAUCAAUUAAAACAAUACUAAAAGGAAGGAAUAAAUCUAAAAUUAUGCUCUAA